AUGACAAGCCCGGCGAUAAUGAUCGAACGGAUUCUGGCUGCUGAUGUAAAGGUAGUGGCAGUUGUGACAGGCGGUGGAGUUUCUGUAGCUGAGAGCUUGUUUCGCUCAGGCAGCUCUUCUACAAUGCUUCAAUUUUCUGUUCCCUACUCGCGUGCGAGCUUGCAGUCCUAUCUGAGUUUGAUUCCGUCGGAGUCCACGCUAAAAUGUUGCUCGGAGGAGACGGCGGAGCGCAUGGCGUUUGCUGCAUGGAAACAGGCAACUGAUAUUAUGCGAAAAGAAGCAAUCGAGAAUGACGUACAAAACGCAAUGGCGGUGCCCAGCGCUUUAAAGCGAUUCCGUACAUGUUUAGGCAUUGCGUGCACCGCUGGACUAGCAACCAACUACGUUAGGAAAGGUCCACACGAGUGCUUUAUGUCGGUGUGCCGGGCUUGCUUUGUUUCCAGGAGCAACACUUACCUGCGUCCACAAUGUGAAACAUACCACCUUCAAUUGGACAAGUCAUUGGGGCGCUCAAGGACGGAGGAGGAUCAAAUUGUGGGUCACUGGCUCGUGUAUCUCCUGGCUAAGGCUGCUGAUGUGGAUUUAAAAACAUGCCAAGCGUUUCACGAUGAACUGAAGCUUGCACAGGCCGGAAGUGAUACGCUUUUGAAUGUGACGGCAGACGAGGGUGACAACGAUCCACUUGAUGGUAUCUGUAGUGGCAAAGUGAACCGAUUGUCGAGUGUCGCGUUUUUGCCUUCGACACCGAAAGACGAUACAGGUGCUACAACAAUUGCUGCUCAAGAGUUUCAUUUUCGUGGACUAGUUCUGCCAGGAUCAUUCAAUCCACUUCACAGGGGUCAUAUUGAUCUGGCGCGCGUCGCCCAGCAGCUGAUGGAGUCGCGAUUAAAAGUCAAAGUACCUGUGGCGUUUGAGCUUGCGGUAGCAAAUGCAGAUAAGGGUGUGAUUCCAUCGUCUACAGUAUCGACACGAGUUGCGCAGUUUUUACAUGGCAACACCUUAGGACUAGAUGCUUGGCCUGUGCUGGUCACGAAUGCUGCACUCUUUGGUCAGAAAGCCGAGCUACUUCCUGGCUGCACGUUCAUUAUUGGUGCCGAUACGGCAGUUCGACUUGUAGACAAGAAAUAUUACGACAUGGACGAGUACAAGAUGGUGCUGGCUCUGGACCACAUUGCCCGUCACGAAUGCUCUUUUGUAGUGGCCGGAAGGUUUGACAACAAGGUCGAGAACCGAUAUAUAACUGCCAGUGAGGUACUGGAAAAUCAUGUGCCGCGUGUGUUCCGCCAUCUAUUCAUUCCGCUGCCCGAGUCCGCGUUUCGAAACGACAUUUCUUCAACGAAGAUUCGAAGGCAGAUGGCUACAUCAUAA